GAGCUUUGCAGUGCUCUGGAGCAAGAACAUGCAAAGCUACAAAUGGCCAAGGAAGCUGCGGAGCAAAGGACACGAGAGCUGAGGAAGGAGGGAGAACUUCUUCUUAAAAAUUUUGAGCAACAAAUACCUUUGAACAAAGAGGAAGAGAUGGCCUGGCAGAUGGACUUUUUUUUAGCAAAGGAUAAGGAGAACAGACUGAGGCAGGAGAAGCAGGUGCUGAAAAAGAAAUUGGAAGAAGUGAAGAAGAGGGUCCUCUGUGAGGACCCAGCGACGAUGCUGCCUGCCUUGCCAGAGAAGAAGAUGGUGUUCAAGGGACUUGUGACAAACAAGGAGGAUAUGGACAAGCUGAUGCUCACCCCACGGAUCCACUACCCUCUGCUGGGGAGCUCAGCUCUCAUCACCUUUGAGAAGGCAGAGGUGGCCCAGAGGAUCAUAGAGGUGAAGGAGCACAUGGUGGAGCUGAGCUACGGAGAGGAGGUGGAGGAGGUCGACCGGUGCAGAAUGCGAGUGCAGGCAGGGCCAGUGGAGGUACUGCUGCCAUCCACCCUGGAGAUGGCACUGAUUCGGAGCUGCAGGAGCAUCCUUGUGUCUGAGCUGCCCAGCCUGGGCAUCCCUGAUGAGGGACUGCUGGACAAGCUGGAGCUCUUCUUCAGCAAGACGAAGAAUGGGGGUGGUGAGGUGGAAAGCAGGGAGUUCCUGGACGACUCUGGACAGGUGGUGCUGACCUUCAUGCAGGAUGGAGUGGUGGAGCGGCUAAUUGCAAGAGGACACGUUGAGGUGCCUAUUGGGAAGGGAAAAUACAAGCUCAAAAUAUCACCACAUGUGAAUGGAGACAUCACUAACCUG